UCUGAACCAUUUUUCUAGUUACACAAAAUCCUAUUAUCAAAUAAAACUAGACAAGAAUUUAAAUAGCAUUGGGCCAAAUACCUGAAUUGAAAAAUUUUAUAAGCACUAAACUAACUCUGGAUCCGAAGGAGGGCUGGGCCGGGGCCUGGGUUGGCCCAGCCCUGGAUCCGCCACUACCUUGGACAUUUCAAGAACAAUUUCCUUAUGAAGAGGAAUUUCUUCCACAACCAGAGAGGACAUCGGAGCUAGAGUUAGCCAUGGCAUCCUUCACAGGCCAUUCUACAUAGCAAUGCUACACUCCACAGCUAGAUCCGAACAGCGACUUGAGGCUUCUUGUGGAGAAAUUUGCUCAAGACACCGAGAGAUCCCUCCACAAGAUGGACCUCCUAAUCCAAUCCAUUGUUCCUGAUCCUUCCUUUCUCCGUGAAUCGGAGGAGGCUGUUCAGCGCUCAGCAAAGCAAAUAAAGUGGGUUGAGAAAGUUUGUGCACAGCUUGCUAAAGACCGCCUUUCUGCUGUCAUACAAAAAGAGGAGGAGGAUGAAGAAGGCUACAAAGAUAUUGUGGAGCAUACGAAAAUUGUCACGGAGAGCUCCCGUGAUGAUCAUGAUCAAGAAUGUCCUGCUGUAGCCGACCACGCCUUUCCAUUACACCUCAAGUUUUAAAGAGACAUGCAUGAGCGAGGAGAUGCAAGAUGAUCUCAUCGAAGAAAUUGCUUGGCAACUUGCUCUCCAAUCCGUGCUGGAAGAAGAAGAGGGAGAAAGGGUAAGGAAAGAAGUUGUGGAGGUAGAGGAAGAAAGUAAAGAAGAUUGACUUCUUGAUCUUUUCCAAGGGGACGAAUCAAAUUUUGAGGAAGGAAGGGGGUGGGGGGGUUGGAGAAUCAAUUGGCGCCCAGACUGAGAACGAAGUUAAGGUGGAAGAGGCUUGCACAAGCCCUAAGUUACAAGUAAUAUCUCCACCAAACUUCUAGGAGCUGCUUGGCAGGGACCCGUUUGCAGUAUUUCUUUGCCAGACCAAGGCCACGUUGACAUCGGUCCCUCUUGGUUUUCGCGAUGGUGGUCAAUAAAUGUUGUCCUAUCUG